AUGCGCCGCCUGCUCCUCCUCCUCCUCCUCCUCCUCCUCUCCCUCUCGUAUGAAACCUCCUCCGCCGCCGCCGGCGGCGGUGGCGGUUGUAGCGAUCGACGGUGCGGCAGCACCUCAGUGCCGUACCCUUUCGGCUUCUCCGGCGAUUGCCCCAUCCGCCUGGACUGCAACGCCACCUCGUCCACGCCGCUCCUCGUGACGAACAACACCGCGGACGCGCCGUACCCGAUCACCUCGUUCAACUCCAGCACCUCCACCUUCGUCGUCUCCGUCGCGCCCUCGUGCAGACGCACCGUCCGCGAGGCACAGGCGUCGCUCACCGGCGCCUGCUACGGCGUCUCCUCCCACACCGGGCUGUUCCUCCGCGGGGGUCGCUGCCGCUUGCCGGCUGCGUCCUCCAGCUGCAGCGUCAGCGACGAAGUUCUGUCGAGCCUGUUCCCCACGGCGCAGUGCGGCGGCCGUGGCAACGAUUCCGCCUCGACGUGCGUGGCCUCGCCGCCGCCGGCACCGAACAGCACAGUUGCGGCGACGGCCGAGGAGGAGGGCCGGUUCCUGUUCCUGCAAUGGAAGAAGGUGGACGACGCUGGGUGCGAGGACGUGACGUCUGCGGUGUAUGCGUACACGCCGCCGGAGGGGGUGGCCUCGGUGGAGUUCGGCGUCGCGGAGCUGGGAUGGUGGCUCGACGGGAGGUGCAACAGCACCUCCGCCAACGCCAACGCUACCGUGGUUCGCUGCGCGCAGAACGCAACGUGCCACGACUUCGAGACGCCGAGCGGGGCGUGGGGCCACCGGUGCGCGUGCGUGGACUGGAUGUCCGGCGACGGGUUCGCCGCCGGCGAUGGAUGCCACUUCGGCGUGGGGAGUUCCAAGAAGAAGGUUUUCCUCAUAGCUCCAGGUGUUCUGGCGGGCGUGGCGGCGGCCGCCGGCGCGCUUCUGCUGUGGCGGCUGCAAUGCCGGCGGCGCAAGGCCGGGCGGUCCUCGUCGGAGCGGCUGGAGGCGAUUCGGCUGCUGUCGGAGGCGGCCACGUCGAGCGGCGUGCCGGUGUACUCGUACGCCGAGAUCGCGCGCGCGACCAACUCCUUCUCGCACACGCACCGCCUGGGCACGGGCGCGUACGGCACCGUGUACGUCGGCAAGCUCCCGGGCAGCAGCAGCAGCAGCGCGCCGGCGGCGCUGGUGGCCAUCAAGCGCCUGCGCUGCCGCCUCCACCACCACGACGACGACGCGGCGGCGGAGGCGGCGCUGCUGCUGAACGAGAUCAAGCUCAUCUCCUCCGUCAGCCACCCCAACCUGGUCCGCCUCCUCGGCUGCUGCCUCGACCGCGGCGAGCAGGUGCUCGUCUACGAGUACGUGCCCAACGGCACGCUCUCCCAGCACCUCCUCGCCAGUGGCGGACGCACCUCCCGGCUGACGUGGCGCGCGCGGCUGGGCGUGGCGGCGGAGACGGCGGCGGCCAUCGCGUACCUGCACGGCAUGCGGCCGCCCAUCUUCCACCGCGACGUCAAGUCGAGCAACAUCCUCCUCGACGGCGCGCUCCGCCCCAAGCUGGCCGACUUCGGCCUGUCCCGCGCCGUGGACCGCCUGGAGGCCGCGCGCUCGCACGUGUCCACGGCGCCGCAGGGCACGCCCGGGUACGUGGACCCGGAGUACCACCAGAACUUCCACCUCUCCGACAAAAGCGACGUGUACAGCUUCGGCGUCGUGCUGCUGGAGCUCAUCACCGCCAUGAAGGUCGUCGACUUCGACCGCCCGCCCGCCGAGGUCAACCUCGCCUCCCUCGCGCUCGACCGCAUCGGCAAGGGCAGGGUGGGCGAGAUCGUCGACCCGGCGCUCCUCGGCGGCGGCGACGGCGAGGAGUGGGUCAUGGGCUCGGUCCGCCACGUCAGCGAGCUGGCGUUCCGGUGCCUCGCGUUCCAGAAGGACGUCCGGCCGUCCAUGAGCGAGGUGGCCGCCGAGCUGCACCGGAUCAGGUUCGCCGCCCCGGACCCGGACGACGGCGACUCCGAGGAGCCCGGGUCAAGGCUCCGGCCUAUGACUAUGAUGGACAUCCAGAUCGACGUGAGCUUGGACGGCCCGGACGCAAUGGCGAAGAAGGCCGCGGCUUCGCCGGUGUCCGUGCAGGAGGUGUGGGUCAGCGACCAGAGCUGGCCGUCGACCAACGGCUCCAUGCCGCGCUUUGCUGCGUAG